UAUGUUGAGACCUAGAUAUAUAUCAUAUAGUUCAAAUAUCACUUAAGGAGGAUUAUAAGCAAUCUAAUAAUCAGUAAAUCAAGACUAAUUUAGUAAUGUUUCUUAUAUAUUAAGGAAAUGGUAGUAGUACUAAAUAGUUAGCAUAAAAGUUUGUACCAUUUAUAAAAGAGAGAGAUAGUAUGAAUAGGUUGGUGACAAAAUUACAAUCAAUAUCACCAGAAAGGACUGAACGAAAGAGUUCAUGUGGAGCAGUUAAUUAUAGUAAAGAGAAGUGGAAACAAAAUUCAUAAGUUAGGAUAAAGAGUCCAACUAAGAAAGUUCUUAUAUAGAAUGAAAUUUCAUUAAGUAAUCUCUAAUGAUUAUAUAAGGUAAAUAGAGAAGUUUUUCUAAUGUUGAUAAUAAAUUGAAAUUAAUAUAAGCCUAUACUGAUAGACUUCAUAUUAAUUAAGAUGAAUCAAUUCAAUAGAUUAAUAUGAAUUAGGAUGAUAUUAACUUUUAACUUCAAAUGAACAAUCAAGAGAAUAUGAAAGUUAAUACUCAAAGAUCUCCAAUUAAAAUUAAAGUUGUUAAAUAAGAUAGUUUACAUAGUGAUAUAUUGAACAAGAAGAUUUAACAUUAAAAUUCAGAAAAAUUAAAAUUGUAUAACCAAUUAGUUGAGAAGCAGAAAUUAAAUUAUAACGGAGAAAUUAGAAGAAGUGAUAUUAAAUUGCCAGCUUUAUUAUUUAAAUAAUAUAUGAAAGAAAUAUUAGAUGGAAACUAAAAAAUAAAGGAAGUAAUCAAUUCUUAAGAUGAAAUUAAAUAUGAAUUUCCACCUGAAUUUGAAUAAAAGAUUAUAUAAAUGAAAAAAGAUGUUAGAAAAAUGAAAAAUAAAUUAAAGAAUUGGGAAAAAGAUAGAAGAACAUCAGAAGACUUAAGACAUUUAAAGGAAGUUGCUGAUUCUAUUAUUUAAAGAAAUGAAUGA